AUGGGGAAUGUGGGUUUGAGGCUAGAAGAAGGUGUCCGUGAAGGACGGUUGAAAAAAGGUAGUUCAUCUGACGGUUCCAAAAAGUAUGGGAAUGAUUUACCCAAGAAGAAGGAACACGAUGCAAAUGCUAUCUCGCAAGAGAGACGUAGAAUACUUUCGAGGAACAAUCAAUGUCAUCAACAUGUGGCUUCUAUAAUUCAAGACUCCAUCGGCUGUUUUGAAAGAGCUUCUGUGGUGUAUAAACCUGACCAACAUUAUGCAUUCCAUCAAGGGGCACCUGGACAUGAUAUCGAGAAUUGUUUCACCAUGAAGGAUGAGGUAAGAAGGUUAAUGCAAAGUGGUAUUUUGCCGUUUGAAGAUUCUAAUCCCAAUGUGCAAGCUAAUUCGCUGCCCAAACAUAGCAAUACGACUGUGAAUAUGGUUGAAGGAUGUCCAGGAAAGUACCGAGUCUUUGACGUCAAUUUGAUCAGAAGAUCCUUGGUUGAAAUGCACACAACUUUAUGUGAAUUGAGAUAUUAUGAGCAUGACCAUGCUUCUUGCCAAGUUUGUUCCAGAGAUCCUCGAGGAUAUGUCGUUAUGAAAAUAGAUUUGCAAGAGAUGUUGGAUCAAAAUCUUAUUCAGGUUACGAGGGACAAGAAUGAAGAUGAGCAUGAGGUGAACAUCAUAGUUCCCUAUUUUAAUCCCCCAGAAUCGGUUGUGAUUGCUUAUGAUGGUCAGAAAACUGUUGUUUCUCCAUUGAUUAUUCAUCUGGCGAGCCCUACGCCUUACAAAUUCGAUAAAGUUGUGCCUUACAAGUAUAAUGCUACUAUGGUAGAAGAAGACAAAGAAGUACCUAUUCCUGCUUUUCCAUUUGUGGUGAACAUCACCGAUGCAAGUGGUGUGGCCCGAAGUGGUCGGAUAUUUGCUACUGCAACUCCUAAGAGGACUGAAGAUGUGGUGAUAGAGAAAUCAAUUUUAGAGAAAAGUUUUGUUGUACAAGCCGACCAAGCCAGUAUUGUGAAUCAGAAUGCUGAUCAAGAUGAAGUGCUGAAAUUGAUCAAGAAGAGUGAUUUCAAUAUGGUGGACCAGUUGUGGCAUACUCCGUCUAACAUAUUCGUGUUAUCCCUACUGAUGAGUUUAGAAGCACACCGAGAAGCUUUACAGAAAGUCCUAGAGCAAACCUAUAUGGACCAUGAUGUGACGAUUGAUCAGUUUGAUGGCAUUGUGGCCAAUAUUACCGCAUCUCACAAUUUAAGCUUCAGUGAUGAAGAGUUGCCCGAGCCGGGGAGGAAUCACAAUUUGGCCCUACAUAUCUCUAUGAACUCUCAAGAAGAUACCCUAUCUAAUAUGCUGGUGGAUACUGGACCUUUUUUUAAUGUUCUACCCAAAUCUAUGUUGUCUAAACUUGCUUACCAAGGUGCUCCGAUGAGAUACAAUGGAGUUGUUGUGAAGGCCUUCGAUGGCUCAAGGAAAACUAUAAUUGUGGUGGUUGAUCUCCCAGUGAAGAUAGAAGAUGAAGGAACGUCAUUUCAGGCUCUUUCUGUUGAUAAUGUUGCUAUUAAGGAGAGCGGAGAAUCCAUGUCAUCCUUGAGAGACGCUUAA